AUGCUCGAAGGCGUUCUAGCAUCUGUCCUGAACCGCUUUCUGGCCUCGUAUGUGGACGGUUUGAACACGAGCCAGCUCAAUGUCGGCAUCUGGAGUGGUGAUGUCAAGCUCCGAAAGUGAGUACAGUGUCAUUCCCACUGACUGAGUCGCGGUCGUGUUGACGAGGACCCUCCGCAUACAGCCUGAGACUCAAGACAUCUGCUCUCGACAAGUUUCGCCUUCCCAUCGACGUCAAAGAAGGCUUCCUCGGAGAUCUCACAUUAUCGAUACCUUGGUCGAACUUGAAAGGCAAGCCCGUCCGCGUCCUAGUUGAGAAUGUGUACCUCUUGGCUGCUCCGAAGGAAGCCAGUGUCGAGAUUGAUGAUGAGGAAGAGGAAGAACGGGCCCAAGCGGCUAAACUUGAGAAGCUGGCGAACGCGGAGCUGUUGGGUACGUCGAGCUCCAUAGGCGUAAGCGAAGGUGAGCACACGCAUGCUUUCUGUGCCAGCAAUCCCUGCAACGUUAGCUCACAUUCAGAAUCCCUUGCACAGCGGACGCACAAAAGAAUGAGUCCUUUACAAGUUCUCUGGUCACGAAGAUCGUGGACAAUCUACAGAUCACUGUCCGGAACAUUCAUGUGCGGUACGAGGACAAGCUGAGCAAUCCCGAACAUCCGUUCUCAGCUGGUUUGACAUUGGCCGAGUUCUCAGCAGUUUCAACAGAUGCCGACUGGAAUCCAACCUUCAUUCAGAAUAGCCAGGAAGGUAUUCACAAACUCGCUCGAUUGGAAUCGCUGGCUGCGUACUGGGACACAGAUGCCGAAUCUCUUGCGGGCUAUGAAGUCUCAGAGGCCCAACAACGCUUUGCUUCCCUUAUUGCACGGGAUGGGCAGAUCCCACGGCACCAGUACAUUCUGCACCCUGUUACUGGUGCAGGAAGGCUAGUCAUGAGGCGAAAGAUGACCCCAGAUAUUGCCAAGAUGGAUGCGCAGCUCUUGUUCGACUCCCUUGGCUUCGCCUUGGAUGACGAGCAAUAUCGAGACGUCAUCUCAGUGGCGGACUUGUUCCAUUUCUACACGCGACAGGCGCAGUACCGGCGAUACCGGCCCGCGGCUGCUGAGCUCGAGGAGAACAAGCCUCGGGCCAUGCUGCGCUUCGCCGCAAGAGCUAUCCUGAACGAGGUUCACGAGAAGCGUAAAGUCUGGACGUGGGCCUAUUUUGCACAGCGGAGGGAUGAACGGAAAGAGUACGUUGAAUUGUUCAAGCAAAAGGAGCAGGCUGUUCAUCAGGCCAAUCAAAAUCAAGGGGGAGCUCAGAUUGCAUCGAGCGAAGAGGGCACUAGACUUCACGAGCUCGAGCGGACACUGAGUUACAAGGACAUCAGGUUCUACCGCUCCAUCGCCAGGCACGAGCUCCGCAAAGAGCGUACCAAUAAGCGAAAGGAAGAGCUUGCAAGCGGCAAUCGCGCCGAUAGCAGCGGAUCCACAGCGCAGGCAUCUGGCGCAGGCGCCGCUGCCGGAGGCGGGUGGCUCGAAUGGAUAUGGGGAGGAGGCGCCAACAAGGCAGGCAGCGAGCAUGAUUCGGGCGUGCUUAACGAAGAGCAACGGAAAGAGCUGUACGAUGCCAUUGAAUGGGACGAAAGUGCGAACAAUCAAGCUCUCACAUCUGCUGUUGACUUGCCUGGAGAUGCCCUUCAGCUACGGCUCACCACCAAGCUACAAACAGGAUCUCUUUCCUUGAAAGAUCACUCUCGUGGCUCUGAGAUCGUAUCAUUGGUCUUCGACAGUCUCCAAGCCGAUGUCGAUCAGCGCGUUGACAACCUUGAGGCUGCCGUGUCUCUCGGCGGUCUGCGUGUGUACGACAACACGACAGCCAAUUCGUUAUACCCCCAGAUUGUGCGCGUCAAGGACGACGAGAUCAACCGGAUCACUCAGGUAGAAGGUCGGACCAACAGCAGAGGUCAAAGCACGGAGCAAGCGGAGCACGAGGUUGGCCUCGAGUCCGACCCUGACAAUCCUUUCUUCUAUCUCAAAUUCGAAAACAAGCCAUUGGACCGAAGAGCAGACAGUGCACUCGCGGUCAAGAUGAGAAGCAUGGAAAUCAUCUACCACCGCGGGUACGUGGAGAAUAUUGUGCGAUUUUUCAAGCCACCUGAGAGCGAGCUUGAAUUGAUUGGGGCUUUGAUAGACGUAGCUAGUGAGACCAUCGAGGGCAUCCGAAAGGAAACGAGAGCUGGGCUUGAGAACGCGCUGGAGAAUCACAAGACAAUAGAUCUCACCCUCGACAUCAAGGCGCCCAUCAUCAUCGUCCCGCAAGACGUCACGCAGAGGCAGUGUCAACACAUCGUGCUCGACGCUGGUCAUAUUGGAAUGCGGUCCGUGUUCGCGGAUCAAAGUGCACUCGAUACAGUGAAGUCAAAACAGAGCAAGCAGUACACGGAAGACGACUAUCGACAGCUCGAGGACCUCAUGUACGAUCGCUUCUUUGUCAAGCUCGAGUCCAUGCAGCUCGUCAUGGGCCCGGAUAUCGAAUCCUGCUUGUCCAGUCUAACGGCUGGCUCGGAGCAUCAUGCGAGCCAUUUGGUAGAGCGCAUCAAUUUGGAUUUCACGCUACAUAACUCCAUCUUGCCGAAGGCGCCCAACUUGACGAAGUUCAAGAUCACGGGUCAUCUACCUAGCCUUCGCGUCAACUUCUCUGACAACAAAUACAAGGCUUUGAUGUCGGUCAUUGACGUUGCCAUUCCGAAGCUUGAUGAUGAUCCUGUGGAUGAGGAGCCGGGUAAACUGGACGCAUUGGGCGGCCGAAGCAACGUGCUGGGCGACGCCGAGGUGUCGCAGAUUCAAACCUCAAGAAACCGCCAGCCGAGUGCAGACGAUGGACGUGGAAGUGAGAGCGGACUUGAUCUCAACAAGGUUCGCAGGCAGCGCAUCGCAAGUCAAAUGAGAGGCGGCGACGAUUAUCUGGUUGAGCAAGAAGAUGACGACGCGGAAGGUGAAGCUGAAUUUGAGGAUGCUGAAGAUGACACUGCGGAUGUGAGUUGUAGAUGAGAUUAAGCUUGAGCGCUAUCGAUCGCUAACGCCUCCCUUUCCAGCGCAUCAACGCACAUCAACGCACGUUUGAGCUGCACUUUGUCGUGGACAGCUUGCAAGGCAGCAUCUAUAAAUCCAGCACAGAUCCAAGCAAGCCCGAUAGGUUGCUCGUCGAGGCUGUGUUCGAAGGCUUCCUGCUUCACUUGGCGGUAUUUCCAUAUCACAUGGAAAUCGACGUCGGCUUACGUAGUCUCGAAUUGGAGGAUAAAAUCGUCGACCAGGGCGCCGUCUUCAAGCACCUCAUCACAUCAAAGGCUGUCGAUACUCGUGGCAAGCCUGCCACCGCUUCAAAAGCAUCGACUCCCGAUAAAGACCUCGUGCGUGUCAAGUACGUUCGGGUCCAGACCGAUUCGCCAGAGUUUCAAAGCGUCUACGAAGGUAUCGAUCAGUCGAUCCAUGUCGAGUUGUCGACGAUCAACAUCACACUAACACGUGUUUCGGUACUCGUUGUGUACGAUUGGAUCAUGAACACGUUUGUCCCGCCGGAGUCUGCCGCGCCGCCACCGGAAAAGUUGAUUGAUGUUCCACAGGGCGAAGACGAAAAUUCCAAGACGGGCCGCAAGGAGAUCGCUGAGCCUGUGACACGCAAGGAAAUGCUUCGCGUCCGUGUCAAACUCACGUCGAUCGUCCUGCGCAUCAACAACGAUGGCCAGCUACUCGCGACCCUGACGCUGUCUACCGCCGAAGUCGCGGUCCUUCUAAGAGGCAAUUCGAUUCGCGUGGCUGCGCGUCUUGGGUCCCUACUUUUGGUCGACAAUGUCCAGCGCGAGGACUCUGACAGCGGUCGCAAGAAGAAUCCUGGAGAGUUCAAGAAGCUGCUCUCUAUCGACGGAGAUGAGCUCGCAGACUUCACUUAUGAGACUUUCGACGAGCAGGACAAGCGGACGUAUCCGGGCUACGAUACUUCGAUCUGGUUGCGUACUGGCUCUUUGAAGUUUACAUUUGCCGAAGAGCCAGUGCGGGACCUGCUGAACUUUUUCAACAAAUUUGCUAGGAUGAAGGCUGUGUACGACGCUGCAACACAAGCGGCUAGCGCACAAGCCACACAACUACAAGAGCGCGUUGCAAAGUUGCACUACGACGUUGUCAUAAAGACGCCCAUUGUCAACGUACGACGCGGUCCAGGCAGCUCUGACGUACUGACUGCCAACUUAGGAGAGAUUUACGCCUACAAUACCUUUUCUGAGCCGGACGAUGAUCAUGUCACGACCAAGAUCGAAGCAGGCCUUCGACAUAUCCGCCUGGCGAGCAGAAUGACUUAUGGCUCUCAAGAGUACAAGGUCCAGAUGAUCGACGACGUCAAUAUCUCUGUGGACGUCACACAGCGAGAUCACCUUGGACACGCAGCAUCCACAGGCGAAAAAAUUAGCUCCAGUGCAGCCCACAAUUUGCCUGACAUGUCCAUCAAUGCCCGAAUGUCCGACGUUCAGAUUAAACUCACGGAGCAGCAGUACGGCUUCAUCAUGGCGCUCACCCAAGCGAUUCCCCGAGCUUUCGUACUUGACGAGGAUGACGAUGCUGACAACGAUCAAGCCGUAUCGUCAAUACCAUCGACGUCAGCCAGCAGCGUUCGCCAAGUGCCAGCAGCAUCAACUCCAAGCUCCGCCGGCCCUGGCGUCGACAUGCUGCCAGAAUUGGGCGUCGUAGCUCAUGAUUCUGAUGGAAAUGGUGUUCUGCUUCGCACUAGCCUUGACAUGCUUUUCAAUGUGCGCGCCAUCGGACUCGAGUUGUUUAGCUCUGGAGCGACUGCUCAAGACAAAUUGCAAAACGCAAGUCUCGCAAAGUUCUCGCUGAAUCAGUCAGCUGUCAAGCUCAAGAUGCUCUCUGACUCCUCACUUGAGGCCGAAGUCGCGCUCAAAUCUUUCACCGUGUCCGACACAAGGCCUGACAAAGGCACCAAGUUCCGCGAGAUUAUUCCAGCUGUCCGACAUGACGGUCACCAGUUCAUGCUGUCCUACACGCAAAGCGGCAAUCAGUCCGAUAGAGGAGCUCUUGCUUUGGUUACCGUCGACAGUCCUAAAAUCAUCUUCUCCUUGGAUCCCCUCUUCGCGCUCGUAAAUUUUUUCGCGAGCGCUUUCAACGAAGCCGACACGCAAAUGCAGGACGACAUCGCGGGCGCCAAUAGCGACGCCAACAGCACGCGUAAAAGCACAUCAGCGGUCAGAAGCCAACAGAGGGCACCUACCAAGAAGAGCGCGCCUUCCAAGACUGCGCAACAGUCGGCAUCGGGAGGGUCAGAGCCAGCUGAUGGAGGCUCAGCAAUCGCAUUCCGGGUCAAUGUGGUGGACCCUACAAUUAUUCUGCUCGCUGCACCGGAGCGCACAGACUCGGAAGCAAUUGUCCUGUCCAUUCGGCAGAUUUUAGUUUCUCAGCAAGCCAUCUUGGCCUUGAAGGUUGACCAAUUUGGGAUGUUCAUGUGCCGCAUGGACCGUCCAAAGGAUUCCCUUCGAUUCCUCGAUAACUUCGACCUUACGCUCUCUCUCGACAGUCGAGGUUCUGGCUCCCGCCAAGUCACCAGUAUUGAAGUUGACGUCGAGCCCCUCGUGCUUCGCGUCUCCUUCAAAGACAUCAUGCUCAUUUCGAGUGUCGUAAACAAAGCUAUUGAGCUCUCGAAUCAAAGCAACAGCUUUGGUGCAAAUCAGGAUGGAAAGCAGAAUCCCGCCUCCCGCAGAGAAGCUUCUGCGAUGAGCGGGAAUAUCUCGCUGAACGAGUCGGCGAAAGCUGUUGCGCCUCGAGGGCGUUCCAGCAGCGCCUCGGCUCGCAAUAGUUCCCACGACGACGAGCGGCCCUCCGAGGCCGAAUUGAUCGUUGCCAAAGAGCUUCUCAAAGCAGAUGUGGCAGGCUUGCAGCUGAUUCUCAUAGGUGAUAUGCACAGUCUACCCAUGCUGGACCUCAAUCUCCGCAGAUUCUCGGUCAAUGUCCGCGAUUGGUCUUCAGAGAUGCGGGUCAGGACUUCGAUCGGCAUGCACGUCAACUAUAACAACCUGUCACGGUCUCAUUGGGAACCCUUGAUAGAUCCUUGGGUCGUCGACUUUGGCAUGGACUCAGUCAAUGGCACCACUACGAUGACCGUGUCGUCGAAGAAGCGUCUCGAGGUCAAUGUCACUACGACGCUGAUCGAGACCGCAAUGACCACUGCGGCCAUCAUGGCGGAGGAACAGAAGAAGCUCAGCAACGCAUCGGCCAGCGCAAAUACGGCGACCACGAGCGUCUUGAGAGAAAGCCAAGCGCCGUUCCUCGUUCGGAAUCGGACGGGCUAUCGCAUCACGCUGUGGGCGGAGCACGAGGAUCGCCGUGUCAAAGCUUCUCCACACCGCCUAGAAGAUGGUUCAGAUACUCCGUGGCGGUUUGACGACUGGAAGGCGAUGCGAGAGCACGUCAUGCAGUCUGGCGGCAACAUGCUCUCUCUGCAAGUGGAAGGCAUGCCCUGGGAGCGUAUCAAGCACGUUAGUGUCGAUCGGGAGGGCGAAUCACUGAUUACCCUGCAUCCAAAGGUCGAAAAGGUAGCACAUCGCAUGCUCUGUGACGUCAAGCUCGUGGAUAAUGUCAAGGUCGUCACCUUCCGCUCAAGUUUCAACAUUGAGAAUCGGACAAUGGUGCCCGUAGAGUUUGUUGUGCUAGGAUCCGAUGGAGAGCCAACUCAGAAUGGAAUCCGGCAGCUUGCUCCUGGUGAAGAUUGCCCUGUUCCCAUAGAGGCAGCGUAUCACAAUCGCAUCCGUCUGCGCCCGGAUCCCGGCUUUGAGUACGGGUGGUCAAACGAAGCGUUCAAUUGGCAAGAACUGCUCAAGAAGUCUACUCGGGUAGUGAGCUGCGACGCUCUGCACGAGGGUGAGGCUCCGUUCCGCUUCCAGUGCUUUGCGAUCACCGAAAAGCAGGAUGCAUUGUCCCGGGCGUACCCUCGCCUGACGCUGCGUCUUAGAGCACCGGUCGAGGUGGAGAACUUGCUGCCGUACGACAUCCAGUACAGAAUCUUCGACCGCAAUUUGAACCACAAUUGGAACAGCUUCCUACGCAAAGGAGGCACUUCCCCUAUCCACGUAGUCGAGACCUCACACCUUCUGCUGCUAAGUGUGGACAUCCAGUCUUCCGUAUUCUCUCCAAGCGAAUUCGCCAUCAUUGCGACGGAUAACGGGGACGACUUCCCAGUUGAGAAGACGAUGACUCUGGCCGAUGCCGAGAAUUUGAAACUCAAUUUGCGCCUCCACUACUCGAAGUAUCCUGACUCUGGCGGAGCCUUCAAAGUCUCCAUAUUUGCACCGUACAUCUUCAUCAAUCAGACGGGCCUACCAUUCGCUCUCAAGACCAAAAGCUGGAUUGGCGGGGCAAAGCUGGUUGCUGGGCAAGAGCAAGGAGAAGUGUCAGAGGUGCGAAAGCACCCCGAACCUUUCCUGUUCUCUCACAAUUCGAAUGACCGUCGAAAUCGAGUUCUACUUCGAGUGGGCGACUCUUCCUGGUCAAAGCCACUUUCAUUCGAAGCUAUAGGCUCUGAUAGCGAGGUGGUCAUCCCUUCAGCGUCUCGUAACGAAGAAAUCCAUUUGGGACUCAAUAUCCAGGACGGGCUCGGCAAGUUCAAGCUGAGCAAGGUUGUUAAGCUCACACCGCGGUACUUGGUGCGCAACAAUCUUGGCGAAACCCUCAAUCUGCGUGAGCCUGGAGCAGCAGACUUCGUUACAGUUGAGGCUGGUCGGCGAGUGCCUCUCCACUUCUUGCGUGUUGGAGCGUCGAAGCAAAUGACUCUUGCCUAUCCGGGUCUCAACAACAAGUGGACUGCUCCAUUCAACAUUGAGGACAUCGGCAGCGUGCACUUGCGCAUCGCCAAGGCCGGUGACCACCAACACCUCAUAAAGGCCGAAGUUAUGCUCGAGGGCCCGACCAUCUUCAUCUCGCUCUCGAUGGAACGCGGGCAAUGGCCUUUCAUGCUUCGAAAUGAGUCUGAUCACGUUGUGACAUUCAUGCAAGCUACCGAGCGCUCCGAUGAGCGCAACGGGGAUAAGGACGAGGCAGUGGGCAAGCGCUAUGAGCUGAAACCACGCUCCAAGAUGAAGUACGCAUGGGAUUUCCCGGCCCUCCCGAACAAGCUCAUCAAGCUUGUUGCUAAUGGGCGAGAACGCAGCGUAAAUGUUCUGGAGAUUGGUACCCUCAUGCCCUUCAAGUUCCCAAGCACUGAUGGACGCGGCAGCCGGGUUAUUGCACUUGACGUUCGCGCAGAUGGCGCGACGCAGACGCUAGUCUUAAGCCCCUGGACCGAAGAGAAGAGCGGCUUCCGCCUGAAGCGGCAGAAUUCUACGUUCUCCCGCACCGACACAGUCAGCAGCACAGGUCGCGAUGGAGGCUUUGAAGCUGUCGACGUAGACAGUAGGAUCACUAUGGUCUUUAAUGUUGAAUUCGAAGGUGUCGGCAUUUCGGUCAUCAAUCGAUCGGUGCAAGAACUUGCAUAUGUCUCCUUCCGCGGCUUGGAAUUCCAUUACAACCAGUCGGAGAAAGCAACUUCUGUUGGAGUGGUAUGCAAGUGGAUACAGGUGGAUAAUCAGCUUUUCGGCGGCUUGUUCCCAAUCGUUCUGUAUCCUGCGGUGCUGCGCGAAGGCAAGGAGCUAGAUCAACAUCCAGUUCUGCAGCUCUCGUGGAUUCAAAGCACGGAUGAAACGCAUGGUGCGAGCAUCGUCAAGUAUGCAAGUGUGCUGCUUCAAGAGAUCAGCGUCGAGCUCGACGAGGACUUUCUGUUCGCCCUCAUCGAUUUCUCCAAGCUGCAGGGUGCUUCAUGGCAAAAAGAUGCUGCUCUUGAGAGCGACUUUGUCGAGGACCCUCGAGAGGUCCCCGAGCCCUCUGGAACGCUUCACCAGCCUGCCGACACGUACUUUGAGGUGCUUCACCUGCAGCCGCUCGCCAUCAACUUGAGCUUCAUGCGCACUGACAUGCGCACUGACCGCUCUGAUGAAAGAGUGGGUAGUCGCAAUCCGGUGCUGUUUGCCAUCAACGCUAUCUCUAUGGCCCUCGGGAACCUCAAUGAGGCGCCAAUUCGACUCAACGCCCUCGUGUUGGAGAAUGUGCGCCUGUCCUCCGCGGAUCUCCAAGCUCGUCUGACGACGCACUACACGCAAGCCUUAGUCGGCCAGCUCUACCGCGUUAUGGGAUCGCUUGACGUCAUUGGCAAUCCGGUUGGGCUGUUCAACAACGUUUCGGGUGGGUUCGUUGCCCUGUGGUACGAGCCCUAUCAAGGUCUUGUCAUGCACGGCAAUCGAGAACUCGGAAUGGGGCUCGUACGAGGCGCUUCGGCUUUCGCAAAAGGAGCCGUCUUUGGUGUGUCCGACUCCAUGAGCAAGGUGACAGGCUCGAUAGGAAAGGGCCUCGCUGCUGCUACGAUGGAUCCAGAAUUCCAGAGUCGGCGCCGAAUGACGCGCUUCCGCAAUAAGCCCAAACAUGCGCUCUACGGUCUGUCAUCCGGCGCAAGCGCCUUCUUCACGAGCAUUGCCAGCGGUCUUAGCGGUGUGGCGCUCAAACCUAUCGAGGGUGCUGAGCGUGGUGGAGCAGUAGGAUUUGCACGUGGCUUGCUAGCUGGCUCUGUCGGGCUUGUGACUAAGCCGCUCGUUGGUACAUUCGAUUUUGCUUCGUGAGUUCUGCGUUGCUCCACAUCCUUCAAAGACGUGCGCUCACCUGAAAAUUACGCUUUACAGCAACCUGACUGAAGGUGUCCGGAAUACUACUGUGGUCUUCGACCAGAACGAGAUCGACCGCGUUCGCUUGCCGCGGUUCAUUGCAGCUGAUGGCAUCGUGAGUCACCACAGUGCCAGCAAGAUGCUCAUCCCUGUGCACUUGAGCUCACCCAGGCUCGACCGCUUCCCUUUGCAGGUUCGUCCUUAUUCCGCCAGGGAAGCGCUUGGCCAGACCUGGCUGCGCUGUGUCGACGAUGGGAGACUCUACCGGGAGUCUUAUGUUUGCCAUGUCGACCUAGGUCAGGCACAGGGUCAAGCCAACCCGCAGCCAGAGAGGGACGGCGUUAUCAUGGUCACACUGACACGUAUCUGUGAGUCGCCAGGCCAUUUGUGGGUCCUUUAGCUGGAUUUGUAGCUGAUCUUGGCGAGCUUUAUGGACCACGUAGUGUUCAUUCGAACGCUCCGCAUGAAAGUGGCGUGGGAGGUGCCUCUUAGCGACCUGGCCAGCAUAUCUCUCGAGUCUGACGGAAUUGCACUGACGCUGCGCAACAAUGUGGCUGGUCCUUUCCUAAAGUUGCCCGAAGCGGGUAAGUAGGCCCUUGGUGUGUAAUGCGAGCUAAUGCAAACGUUUCACUUACGCCUGCACCUUCACAAUCCCGUGACGUUGUCCUAGGCGCCCGUUCAUUCCUCUUCUCGUCCAUCUCGAGGGUUGUCAGAGCGUACAAUGCUCAGCACCAAAGCUGA